UCACGUCAACAACGAUAGUGGCCGCCAAAGAUCCAAAUGUACCCACAAACCUUGUCUCCUUGCCAGUUUCGUUUUUGAAGAAACUGAAAAUCGUCUGUGCCAGCACGUAGCCUGACGGAACAGCGCACUGCUAUAGAUAUGCGGAUCCGUGACAUUUCACUUCCACAACACUCCGCAGCCGCCCACACGGCAGCUGUUCAUGUCUCAAAGCUUUCUAUGCUUCCUCGGAUUUACUGUGUAUAUAACUCUGCAACUUUUACGUUCAAAAUGACUGACGAUCACCACUCUCCGUCUCAAUAAACGACAGCUGUUUUUAUAAAAAGCUGUUAAACCACCUGAAGCUAUGAAUUGGCCAGAUAUAAUCCUCAUUCUAUUGGCUGUCAAUCUGGGUGACCUCAUCACUGGCCCUACCCUAUGCCACGCCUCUCAAAAGCAUCAGAAAUCCGAAUGCCAGGUGCGAAACGGCUGGGCCGACUGCAGACACCUCCGCCUCAAGGAGAUCCCUCCUAACCUGCCCUGGAAUAUCACCGGCCUGGAUGUCUCCCACAACAGGCUGGUGGAGCUACCCCCAGCAUCGCUGGCCACGUACCCAGGGCUUGUGCACCUGGACGUGGGCUUCAACAGCCUCACCAAGCUGGAGGACAGCCUGUGUCAGACCCUGGGCCUGCUGAGGACACUGACCGUGCAGCACAACGAGGUACAUGGGCUGACGGAGGAGGACCUGAGCAACUGCACCAAUCUGACAGAGCUUAACCUGGCUGGCAACAGGUUGAAGCUACGGGGAGACCCCUUUGCUGCCCUACAGAGUCUGACACUGCUGGACGUGUCCAAAAAUGACCUGAAGACAGCCAAGUUGGGCACCCGCCUUCAGCUUCCCAGCCUGGUGACUCUCAUCUUGUCUAGCAACAGCAUAUCAACCAUCAAAAAGGAUGACUUCUCUUUUCUCAGAAAUUCCUCAUCCCUACGAGUCCUUCACCUGUCGGAUCUAAUAACUCAAGCAAAGUUUGAGCCUGAUUGCUUGAAGCCCAUUGCAAGCAUAUAUGAGUUAGUCAUGAAUGGGAGCAAACUUGGCCCUUCACUCACAUCUAAACUUUGCACAGAGCUUUCUGGGACAGCGAUCCGCAGCCUCUCCCUCCAGAAGACACAGCUAGUUACACUAGACAACACCACCUUCAAAGGCCUGGGGAAGACCCACCUCACUACUUUGGAUCUAUCCCACAACAGCAUAGCUAAGAUCGGGGACGGUUCUUUCCAGUGGCUGCCCAUGCUGGAAGUUCUUUCUCUAGAGCAGAACAACCUCAAGCACCUGACUAAGAACACUUUCCACGGGCUGGGGAAUCUGACACGGCUCAACCUGAAUAUGGCGCUGGUGAAGAGUCGCACUUCUUCUUACCCUAUUAUCGAUGACUUCUCCUUCCAGCCACUAGGAGCACUGGAGAGCCUGAGCAUGGAGAAUACUGCCUUUCGAAACAUCUCAGUGUUCACCUUUGCGGGUUUGAUGAGUCUCCGCCAACUCCACCUGAGCGGGACCAGCUGCAUGGCGCUCAGAAUCAUCACCAACCAGACCUUUGUGUCCCUCGCAGAUUCACCACUUCUUACGCUAAAGCUUACACGCACAGCAAUCUCCCGUCUAGACCCUGGAGCCUUCUCCAGCCUGGGCAAUCUCACCACCCUUCUGCUGGGCAACAACUCCAUCUCCCAGACCCUGACGGGGAAAGAGUUCCAGGGUUUGGGCCAGCUACAGGAGAUCUACCUCUCUAACGGCAACCAGAAGCUCAUCCUCAGCCCUAUGUCCUUCGUCCAUGUGCCCGCUCUCAGGACUCUGAUGCUGGGGAGAGCUCUGACCAGCACCCAGUAUAUGAAUACCUCUCCUUUCAAGCCUCUGUCCAACCUCACCAUCCUGGACCUCAGCAACAACAACAUCGCCAACAUCAAAAUUGAUCUUCUGGACGGACUAGAGAAUCUGAAGGUGCUGAAGCUUCAGCACAACAACUUGGCCCGGCUGUGGAAGAGUGCCAACCCGGGUGGGCCGGUGCUGUUUCUUAGGGGGCUCCGCAGCCUUGUUGCCCUGGAGAUGGACUUCAACGGUCUGGAUGAGAUCCCUGAGGAGGCCCUUCAUGGAUUAACCAACCUUCAAGAGCUCAGCCUCAGUGGGAACAUCCUGAACCAACUCAAGGACUCAGUCUUCAACGACUUGGGGUCACUCCGGGUGCUUCGGCUCCAGAAGAACCUAAUCACGUCAGUGAGGAAGGAAGUGUUUGGGCCGGCAUUGGCCAACCUCAGCCAGCUGGUCAUGGAGAAGAACCCGUUCGACUGCACCUGCGAGAGCAUCCUGUGGUUUGUGGCGUGGCUGAACGGAACAAACGCCAGUGUGCCGGGCAUCAGGGAUGAGUAUGUGUGCAACACGCCGCAAGCCUACUACAACCGCUCGAUCAUGGAGUUCGACAGGCUCUCCUGCCUGGACAUGACACCAUUCCAGGCGCUCUACGUGCUCACCAGCACUGCGGUCCUGACCUUAAUGGUGACCUCACUCCUAGUGCGCUUCCAGGGUUGGAGGAUUCAGUUCUACUGGAACGUUCUGAUCAACCGUACGCUCGGAUUGAGCGAUGCCAGUUCCAGGGAGGGGAGAGAGUUCAACUAUGACGCGUUCGUCAUUCAUGCUGCAAAGGAUAAAACCUGGGUGGAACGAAGCUUGCUCCCCAUAGAGGACGAACAGGGGUAUAGAUUUUAUUUGCUGGAUCGAGAUGCAGUGCCAGGUGAUUUGCGACUGGGGUCCAUUGUGGAGAAUAUGAGAAGGUCCAGGAAAAUACUAUUUGUGGUCACCGAAACUCUUCUCGAAGACUCCAUGUGUCGACAGUUCAUGGCCCACCAUGCCCUGCACCAGGUGAUUGAGGACAGCCGGGACUCGGUGGUGCUGGUCUUCCUGGAGGACGUGCAGGACUACAAGUUGUCUCGCUGUCUGCUCCUGCGCAGGGGCAUGCUUCGUCCACAUUGCCUCCUCAACUGGCCACUGCAAAGGGAGAGGGUGCCCGCCUUCCACCAGAGGCUCCGCAUCGCCCUGGGCACCACCAACCGAGUGCAGUAACUUUCUCCAUGCCAUUAUGCUUAGAAGUGUACUGAAAAUUUGACUUAAGCCAAAUCAGAUAUAUUGGUCACGUACUCAUUUUCCAGAUGUUAUCACAGGUUCAGCAAAAUGCUUAUGUUUCUAGCUCCAACAGUGCAGUAAUACCUAGCAAUACAAACUAAUCCCCAAAAUGUAAAGAAAGAAAUGUCAGAGUUUGGAAUAUGAAUAUAUACUGUAUGUAUUUGAUGGUGUGUAUAGACAGUAUGGACACUAUAUGAAUAGAAAAGGUGUGCACAGCAGUAGUUCUAUUGGAUAAGCCUUGACUUGAAUACAGUGUGUACUAUACAUAUGAAGUGUGUAAAACAGGAUGUAAACAUUAUCAUAGCAACCAGUGUACAAUUACUUUGUACAUAUGGCGGUAGCCUGCUAGUAACAGUGACUAAAGUUCAGGGCGGGGUACUGGGCUGAGGACGGCUAGUGGUGACUGUUUAACAGUCUGAAGGCAUGGAGAUAGAAGCUGUUUAUCAGUCUCUCGGUUUUGAUGCACCUGUACGGUCUCUGCCUUCUAGAUGGUAGAGGGGUGAACAGGCCGUGGCUCGGGUGGCUGAGGUCCUUGAUGAUCUUCUUGGCCUUCCUGUGACACCAGGUGCUGUAGAUGUCCUGUAGGGCAGGCAGUGUGCCCCCCAGGACAUCUGACCGCACCACCCUCUGGAGAGCCCUGCGCUUGCGGACGGUGUUAUUACGUUUAUGUAAUACGUGGCUAUAUUUCUUAAAUAAUGACAGUGGGUGUGGAAAGUGUGCAAAACUGUUGCUCUCAUUGUAUGGUUCAGAGUAAAGUUAACGGGGUGCACUACUGUUGCUUUCAUUCAGUGGCUAAGAUUUUAAGGAAGUGUACUUGAAAGUACAAUACUGUAGGUUUCAAACAAUGGUCGAGGAUACAAGGAAGUGUACACUAGAAAGUGUGCAAUAUUGCAAGUCUCAUUUAACCGCUGAACGACAAAGUGGACCUGAUGGGCUAAGUGGCACAGUUUCAGUAGCCGAGUGACGUGAAAAAAGUAAAAUCUAAGCAAGCCAAAAUAUCUUAUAAUACUGAGUGAUUGAUAAAACAUUUUGGGUUUUUUCUUACCAAGCUAAAUUAUCAAACUUCAUUUAGCUUGGUAAGAGAAAACACAUAUCACUAAUUGUAAGUGAAUUAUCAGUCAAUAUAAGAUAUUUAGGCUUGCUUAGAUUGAACUUUUUGCAGUGUGGAUUUGGAAAUGAGACAUAUCUUAGACCUAGCGCUCAUUUGUACAGGUGACAUUUGACUAAAUGGACCCAGCAUGUUUUUGCACUAUACUGUACAGUACAUGGUGUCUCUUGCCACACUGUUUCAUGGAAUUGUAUGUUUGUUGUAACUACCGUUUUUAUAGCACAGUCUAUUUUUAACCCUUGAAUUUGGUUAUAUGAUCGUCAAGCCCAUUCAAAAGAUUAGGGGACAGGACCAGGAAGUAUGACGUAGGACAAUGUCACUUGUACAGCGUAUUGGCAGUUAAAAAUUGGGUAAGCACAGAAACUCUUGGUUCAUUUGAUGUAGAACAGGGGUAGGCAACUAGAUCGGGGGGCCGGAACAUACAGUAAUUAUAAUGUAUACACUGCAAAUUGACCACAUCUAAGCCCAAAAAGUGAUUUGUAUUUGAAAAGAACAAUUUUAUAUGUUGAUUACAUUGAGACACGAUCAGGUCUCUUUUUAAAAAAAAUAUUCAUAGGAAUACUUGGGAACAGAUUUCCUAAAUUAAACACAUGUUUAGCUGAAUUCUUGACUUCAGUCUUUUUUGACCGAAAACAAAAAAAUUAUAACUUUGGGGGACCCCAAAAAAAACACUUCAAGGACGGUUUUUGCUCGCGGGUUGUCUAUUGCCGACCCCGAUGUAGAAGGUAUUGGCCAUGUUUGAGAGCAUCAAUUCUGCUCAGUCGCUGAUCAUUGACUGAUCUACAAAUCAUAAUGAGUAGUUAUUUACAAGGUAAUUUGCAGAUCACUGACAGAGUAGAUCACUGACUUAACAAAAUGCUUUAAAAUGUGGUUUCAUGGUCAAUUACAGUAGGGUUAUUUUACAGCAUUACUUUAGUAUUGCUAGCAGGAGUAUUACAACUACACUGUAAAAUAACCCACUAUUGCACACAUUAACCAUGUAAUGUUCUCUUCAUAACUGAAAUGUCAGAUUAAUUUAGAACUUUAACAAACCUACAUAUUCUUAUUUUUCCACUGUGGGAACUGCUUUAAUUAGGUCAUUUCAGGUUAAGGGUUUGGGACAACUCUAUAUUAAAUAUUUGUUUCAGGACUUUUGUACACUUACUUGAAAGUUAGAAUUUUGUUUAAUAGUGUAUGGUUCAACAAAAAUGUCUGUAUUUGUCUCAUGACACCUAGUGUUGAUUUGAGUAAACUGCAAGUAUAUUUGAACACAUUCUGUUUUUUCCAUCAGUAUGCUGUUCAGCAUGUCUUUAAAGUUUUCAGUAAAGUUGGAUUCUGACA